UAUGAGGCGCACGAGCGGCGAGUGUGGGGGGUGGACUUCUGUCCUCACCCCUCUCGCCACCACUACUUUGCCAGCGGCAGCGAUGAUGGGCUGGUAAAGCUAUGGAGCACCCAGCAGGCCUCCAGCUGCCUGGCCCUGGAGCUCCGCGGCAAUGUGUGCUGUGUGGAGUUCCACCCGCACCACCCGCACCUGCUGGCGGUGGGCUCGGCGCUGCACUGCGCGGCUGUGUACGACUUGAGGCAGCCGGCUGCGCCCCUGCACACCCUGCUGGGUCAUCGUCGUGCUGUGUCGUACGUCCGUUGGCUCUCCAACCGCCAUGAGCUCGUCACCGCUUCGACAGACAAUACCCUCAAACUGUGGUCCCUAUCGCCCCCACCACCUCCAGCUCCAUCGGCUCAGCCACUGGUUCGCACAUUUUGUGGCCAUGUGAACGAACGCAAUUUCGUGGGUCUGGCUACCGACGGGGACUACGUGGCGUGCGGGAGUGAGCGCCACGAGGUGUUCGUGUAUCAUCGCUCGCUGCCGCAGCCGGCCUUGAGGUUCAGUUUCGCGGGCAGCCCCCAUCAGGGCCCCAACUACCAACAACAGCAACAACCCAACCACUUCGUCACUGCUCUCCAAUGGCGCCGCAACAGCCCGCACCUGCUGGCCGCCAACAGCGCCGGCUGUCUAUGGUUGCUGGGGCUG